GCUCAGUCUCGGCUGCUUGCCGCUGUCGCUCCGGGGCUGCGGGAUGACGCCUCCUCCUCCCGGACGUGCCGCCCCCAGCGCUCCGCGCGCCCGCGUCCUCAGCCCGCCGGCUCGGUCCGGGAUCCCGCUGCGACUGCGGCUGCUGCUGCUGCUCUGGGCGGCCGCCGCCUCCGCCCAAGGCCACUCGAGGAGCGGACCCCGUAUCUUCGCCGUCUGGGAAGGGCAGGACCACGUGGACUUUGGCCUACCUGAGCCACACACAGUGCUUUUUCAUGAACCAGGCAGCACCUCUGUGUGGGUGGGUGGCAGAGGCAAGGUCUAUCUCUUCAGCUUCCCAGAGGGCAAGAAUGCUUCUGUGCAAACGGUGAACAUUGGCUCCACAAAAGAGCCCUGCCUGGACAAACAGGACUGUGAGAAUUAUAUCACACUCCUAGAGAGGCGGGGCGAUGGCCUGCUGGUCUGUGGCACCAACGCUCGGAAGCCCAGCUGCUGGAACCUGGUGAAUGACAGCAUGGUGGUGUCACUUGGUGAGAUGAAAGGCUAUGCUCCCUUCAGUCCAGAUGAGAACUCCCUGGUUCUGUUUGAAGGGGACGAGGUGUACUCUACAAUCCGAAAGCAGGAAUACAAUGGGAAGAUCCCUCGGUUCCGCCGCAUCCAGGGCGAGAGCGAACUAUACACCAGUGACACUGUCAUGCAGAACCCACAGUUCAUCAAGGCCACCAUUGUGCACCAAGACCAAGCCUAUGAUGACAAGAUCUAUUACUUCUUUCGGGAGGACAAUCCUGACAAGAACCCCGAGGCCCCUCUCAAUGUGUCCCGCGUGGCCCAGCUGUGCAGGGGGGACCAGGGUGGGGAGAGCUCACUGUCAGUCUCAAAGUGGAAUACCUUCCUGAAAGCCAUGCUGGUGUGCAGUGAUGCUGCCACCAACAGGAACUUCAACCGCCUGCAAGAUGUCUUCCUGCUUCCUGACCCCAGUGGCCAGUGGAAGGACACCAGGGUCUAUGGUGUUUUCUCCAACCCCUGGAACUACUCAGCUGUCUGUGUGUAUUCCCUCGGUGACAUUGACAAGGUCUUCCGUACCUCUUCACUCAAGGGCUACCACAUGGGCCUUCCCAACCCUCGACCUGGCAAGUGCCUCCCAAACAAGCAACCCAUACCCACAGAAACCUUUCAGGUAGCUGAUAGUCACCCAGAGGUGGCACAGAGGGUGGAACCUAUGGGGCCACUGAAGACGCCAUUGUUCCACUCUAAGUACCAUUACCAGAAAGUGGUCGUCCACCGCAUGCAAGCCAGAAAUGGAGAGACCUUCCAUGUCCUUUACCUAACCACAGACAGGGGCACCAUCCACAAAGUGGUGGAGUCAGGAGACCAGGAACACAACAUAAUUUUCAACAUCAUGGAGAUCCAGCCCUUCCACCGUGCAGCUGCCAUCCAGGCCAUAUCUUUGGAUGCUGACCGGAGGAAGCUAUAUGUGAACUCCCAGUGGGAGGUGAGCCAGGUGCCCCUGGACCUAUGUGAGGUCUACAAUGGGGGAUGCCAUGGAUGCCUCAUGUCCCGAGACCCCUACUGUGGCUGGGACCAGGACCACUGUGUGUCUAUCUACAGCUCCCAACGGUCAGUGCUGCAGUCUGUUAAUCCAGCUGAGCCACACAAAGAGUGUCCCAACCCCAAACCAGGUGAUGCCCCGCUGCAAAAGGUUUCCCUGGCCCAGAAUUCCCGCUACUACCUGAGCUGCCCUGUGGAGUCCCGCCAUGCCACGUACUCAUGGCGCCAUGAGGAGAAUGUGGAGCAGAGCUGUGAGCCGGGCCACCAGAGCCCCAGCUGCAUCCUUUUCAUUGAGAACCUCACAGCCCGCCAGUAUGGCCACUACCGCUGUGAAGCCCAGGAGGGCUCCUACCUCUGGGAGGCUCAGCACUGGGAGCUGCUGCCUGAGGACAGAGCCCUGGCUGAGCAGCUUAUGGGCCGAGCCCAGGUCCUGGCAGCCUCUGUCUGGCUGGGGGUCCUGCCCACACUUAUACUUGGCCUGCUGGUCCACUAGAACCUCCACGGGCUGGGUGUGCCCCAGGGUUCGGCAGCCGAGGGGCAUCGGAAAAGUGUCACACUCAGAAGCCGGCUGGCCCGGGAGCUCCAUGCCCACUAAUUCCUCCAGGGGGACUGAACAAUCCAGUGGUGAACAAAGGGCCUGGAGAUGUCCAGCCGCAGGCGGCUGCUGGGCCCCAGGUGGGGUGGGGACAGUAAGGGACUGGAGAAUGAAGGCGCUGACUGUGAAGCUGGGCCAUCAAUGACCCAAGACUUUAUCUUCUCAAGAAUAUUUUUUGAAAUCUCCUCACACUUGACUUCAUGCAGUGAUGCACCUCGCCCAAAAGCCUGGCAGUGGGGUUUGGGAAGGAGAGCUGGGACCCCAUCUUGAGGCCUGAGUCCUCUGGGACUUGCUGUACCCAACUGCCUCCUUUCCUGCCCUCCCUGCCCCACUGCUGGGUGGCCAGUGUCCCUGCAGACCCAGGGCUGCUCCUGCAGCUCCCUCAUAGCCUGGGUCCCACCGGACAGCGCCUUGCAUGUUUAUUGAAGGAUGUUUGCUUUCCGGACAGAAGGACGGAAAAAGUUCUAUUUUUAUGUUAGACUUAUUUCAUGUAUAGCUACUUCCGACUGCAUCUGUAUGAAAAUACCAAAACUCCAUGCUGCGGGGGGAGGGGGGGUUUGAGGGAGGGCUGGGAAGGGUGGGUCGGGGCUGAUCCCAGGCUGGGGCUCUCUGGGAUGGGAUCAGAGUCCAGGGACAGGCAUGGGUUUGAGGGGAGUGGCAUGAGCUGGCUCUGCCCUGGGAGCCCAGUCUGAGGGUGUGAGCCCCCAGUGUGGGGUAGUUGUGGGAGGGGGGGUGAGGGAGACAGGGGAGAGUGAAGGAGAAAACUGAGCCCUAGGUAGAUUUGCCGUGGUCAUUUUGAAGGAGGAGCCGGGUCCACAGGGGGGAGGUUCCAGGACUCUGCCCUUGGCGUUGGGGGUUGGGGGGCGGGGGGUCUUCUCCCUUCCCUUCAGCCCCCUUCCCCAGGGGCUGUGCUUCCAUGCUCCUAGCCUCCCACCUUCAGCUCAGGACAUGUCCUAACUUAGGCUAAACUGUGAAAAUUCCCGUGGGGAUGGCCCAGGCCGAGCUCUUCAAGUGGGCUGCCCUGCCCCCAGUCCAUGGAUUUCAACUGAGAGCUGGCCUUUCUCCAGCUGUGUCUGGGGGCAGGGCCUGGGGCCGGGGGCCUUCCAGCUUCCGCCCCUGUAUCUCUUCUCAAUGCACUUUAAUAAUGUAACAUAUUACUAAUAAACAAGCUAUUUAUUUA